UCGUUGGAUACGCUAAACUUUCACAAGCAAUCUGAAGCGAUGGCAAUUAGAGGUUGUAGUGCGGUUCUGGAUAGAGCGGUAGGAGUGCGAGCCUUUUGUACGAUUCGUGGAGCUACGGGGCCAAUCCGCUAUAAUCCGCAGGCGCCUGGGACUGCCAAGCCUACAUUGCGGGAGAGCAGAGAAGACGCAGGGGUUCCAUACUCUCGGCCGCUGCAAAGAUGGAAGCGCGUGUCAAAGACAGACGAGGAUUGCAGUUUGAGGAAACUGCAGGAGCAGAAAAAGUCUUCUGACAGAGACAAAGAGGUGGAAGCUGAGGCGGAAGAUUAUCAGAGUUUUGCAUGUGCUGAAAUACAACGAUUGAAGGCAGAAAUGCAAGCCAGAGACUCAUCAUCACAACGUUCAACGCAAUUCUCUCGUAUGCGUGAGAAGAUUCCCCAUGUUGCGGAGAUAGAAGAGGAUUUGAGUGCCAAAACUUCUCCCAGGAGCAAUGAGUAUGACGAGCAUAACGCAUUCCUUUCUAGGUCCUCAAGAAUGUUGCGUAAUCAAAAAGAAGCAGUAUCAGCCACUGCCGACUUGGAUGGGAUUUCUUUGGUGAAGAAGAAUCAAAUGUUUGAAAAAGUACCUGUUUAUGGAAAUGGCCGGAAGUUUGAAGCUCCUGACUCAGAGCUAUCAAAGAGGAGCAGUGUACCCUUAACUCCAAGGAAGAAAAAGCAGCUUCAAGGCUCAGGACUAUUUUAUGGAGAUGGUCGGAAGUUUGAAGGUCUGCUUUCGGGUGCCAAUGAUCUCUUUGAUGAUUCUCUCAACGCAGCUGAUGACAAUCUCUUCGAAACACCAGAAAUUGUGGUGGACAAAGAAAUCGAGAAGGAGAAGCAAUCAGCCAAAAGUUACGCAUUGCGUUUGCUGGGAAUUGCACCUCAAACCGCACAAAAGUUGAGGCAGAAGCUGAUGGGCAGGAACAUAUCUCCAAGCGUAAUUGAAUCCACAAUUGCUGACCUGCAAAGAUGUGGAUUGCAAAGUGACCUGGAGUAUGCUGAGGCUUUUGCUCGAUCUCGAUGGCGAACAUCCAUUUGGGGACCCCAGCGUCUUAAGCAGGAACUUCGUCAAAGAGGAGUAAGCCCUGAGGACAUUGAAGCGGCCAUUCAGAUGGUCUUUACCACCAGUGAUGAGUUCUUAAACCAAGAUGAUGACUCAGAAGACAACGAAGGACGAUGGGGUAUGACAAAAAGGACAAGUGAUCAUCUCAUGGAGAAGGCUAGGCUACAGUGGGGACGUGGAGAUAGUAUCUCUCCAGAAGCUCGCAAGAGACGUAUGAUAGGCUGGUUGCAGCGACGUGGGUUCAAUUGGUCUAUCACUACAGAGGUUUUGAAGUCCCUGGAGGCUCUAGAUAAACAAAACUGCUAGCUGUUUUAUCUUAGAGUUGAUCAUAAAACACUUGAUAAAACGUACACGUUUACGUUGUACAUACUGCUGCUGCUAAAAAUGCAUUUUUCUGGAUCUCCAAGGCCGAAGGAUGCUCGAAUUUCCUCGUA